AUGGCUGCAGUGCCUCCCACCUUCGGUACCAUGGCAGCAUCAAUGACAAAAGAGGCAGCGGGGAGAGUGCAAGUGGUGCGGGACAUGGACUCAUUUGAGGCUGAGGUAUACAGACAGCCCGCGGCUCCGCUUGCAAUCUUCUUCUCUGCCACUUUCAGCAAUCUUAAUAAAGGCCUUCUUGAGCAGUUUACUCAAAUUGCGAAAGCGACCAACAGUGUCGCGAAGUUUCUCGUCAUAGAUGUCGAUGAAGUGCCGAGGGCGGCAUACCACUGCGGGGUGGAGCACCCCUGCACUUUUGUCGUACAGUACAAUUGCGACGCGUUCCGCAGACGCAUUGCGGAUCCGGAUGGCAUAAAAACGCCGCAGCAACUCGUGAAUGAAUUCAAGGCGGCACUGGAUGCAUGCCUCAGUGCAGUGCAGCAGCAGCCACCGCCGCAGCAGCAGGUGGAGUGGUACACCCACAGCAUCCCCGUGGACAACUUGAACGUGUAUCGCGUGAACUGGCCAACGGCCUGA